UUUAAAUUCGAUAUCGUGUUAUUGUUUUACGUGUGUUAUUUAGUAUUAAUGUGUAUGUCUUUAACCCAGAGGCAAACCCCGACCUAACGUUAGACAUUAAGCUCAGACAGUCAUGAAAUACGCCGUUUCUCACGCACCCCACGCCAAACCCCGUUUAAAAAGAGACUAAGUCUAGGUUUGCCGGUCUGCAGCACCAUAACAGUGUUAAUUAAAUUAAGAUCAAAACAUUUUUAUAUUCAUUAAAAGGCGCUGUUCAGUUCGGCUAACAUAGAAUACAUCAUACACCACUCAUAUUUGUGAAACCUUGAUUUUAGUUGGUACACAGUCGUUUAUAACAGUGCAAUUUGGUUGUAACAGGCGAACUGGUAGUGAUAGCGGACCCUGGUGAUGCUUUAAAAUAUUUGAGGGGUCAGAGGUCAGGAUGGGUCGCUCCUCAAAAGACAAGAGGGACAUUUACUACCGUCUGGCCAAAGAGGAGGGCUGGAGAGCGAGGAGCGCCUUCAAGCUGCUGCAGCUCGAUCAGGAGUUCAACCUGUUCUCAGGUGUGAACAGAGCAGUUGAUCUGUGUGCAGCUCCUGGCAGCUGGAGUCAGGUCCUCAGUCGGAAACUCAGAGGGCAGGAGGAGAAGGCUGAGGGGGGUGAGGAGGUGAAGAUCGUGGCGGUGGACCUGCAGGCCAUGGCUCCUCUGCCGGGAGUCACUCAGAUCCAGGGAGACAUCACCAAGGUGUCGACAGCUCAGGAAAUCAUCCGUCACUUUGAGGGUCAGCCGGCCGACCUGGUGGUGUGUGACGGAGCUCCAGACGUAACCGGGCUCCAUGACGUGGACGAGUACAUCCAGGCUCAGCUUCUAUUGGCCGCUCUGAACAUCACGACUCACGUCCUCAAACCUGGCGGGACGUUCGUGGCCAAGAUCUUCAGAGGUAAAGACGUGACCCUGCUGUACUCUCAGCUGAAGAUCUUCUUCAGUGGUGUGACCUGCGCCAAGCCUCGCAGCAGCAGGAACUCCAGCAUCGAGGCCUUCGUGGUGUGUCAGAAUUACUCUCCUCCUGAAGGUUACGUCCCCAACAUGUCCAACCCUCUGCUGGAUCAUUCCUACGAUGUGGACUUUAACCAGUUAGAGGGUCCGAACCGCGUCAUCGUCCCCUUCUUGGCGUGUGGUGAUCUCAGCGCCUUCGACUCGGACAGGACCUACCCUCUGCAGCUGGACGCUGGUAAACAGUACCAGUACACGCCCCCCACGCAGCCGCCCAUACGCCCCCCCUACCAGCAGGCCUGCCACCUCCGCAAAAACAACCUGCUGUCCAGAGAGGACGCUCUGUCCAACCGUCCCAACCAGAGUCAAGAUGAGACGGAUCCACCGGCCGAGUCCACCUGAUCUGUCUGACUGCUGCUGAUUGGUGGAAAAGGAAAAGAGUUAUCAUGAAAGGAACAGAGCAGCAGUUUUCUUUUCUGUCGAUAAGAAGAUGGAAAUAAGUUUAGUUUCUGUGUGUACAGAGCAGAGGUAAGACUUGUCUCUGGUCUCGGUGCUAAACUAGACUGAACAUGUUCUGGACGGCUGCUGCAAUGGAUGUUUUCCAAUAAGAGGAGUGUGUUUUCAGUUUUUCCUAGUUUUAAGGGGAAUAUUUUGUGUCAGAUCCUUCAUCCAUCAGGCUGAGGAACUGCAAACAUUUUUAUAUUUUAAAAAUAAAAGUCAUUUCUUGGAGGCAAACGAACAUCGUGGUUGACAGGAAUUGUUUUAUAAAAGUGAUUGAACUCUCAAUUUUGUCUUUUUCUGUAAACAGUGUCAAGUUUUAUUUAAAUAAUAAAAAACAAAUGAAACCACA